AUGGCUGAGGUGGACGUUGGUGCGAUCCCCGUCUACAGGAGCUUGAUCGACGAGCUCCUGUCGCGCGCCGAACAUGCGAAACCGGAAGGGCAGAUCGAGCCCCCUUUGACCGAAACACAACUUGGAGACUCGUUCUGGCUCGUUCAAGGCGAGGAUGCGCAAACUGCAAAGAAGUUGGGUCAACAGACUCAGCUCGCCGCGGUAGAAAUUGCGUUCCGAGAGAAGUUCUACAGUCUCCUGGCUACCACUUCAAUCGACGAGCCCUCAUUCAUUAAGAUCUGGAACCUCCUCGAUAUCAUUUCAAUAUUCUCCGACAAUGAACAAUGUGAGCCCGGCUUGAUAUUCUGGUUAAUAGAAGAGUUGCUCGACAGCCAAACCAUCGAUGGUUGUCGGAAGGUUUUUGAUUAUCUGGAAUCGCGAAGAGAGCGGAACACAAAGAAACAUUUCAAACAAAAAAGCCUAAUCAUCUUACGGUCUUGCAAUGAGCUACUACGGAGGCUCUCAAGGGCAGAAGAUACUGUAUUCUGUGGGCGUGUAUUCAUCUUCCUGUUUCAAAGUUUCCCUCUGGGAGACAAGAGUGCCGUCAAUCUCCGUGGCGAAUAUCACACGGACAAUGUUACUACUUACGAUGAGAUUGUGAAAGCUGCCGUCAGGGAGAAUAAUGACCGAGACGUGGAGAUGGUGGACGAUAAGGAAGUGGAGGGAACCAGGGAAAUAACUGAAGCCUCAGCGGCGGCAGUUGGUGACUCCCAGGCAAACGAGCUAGAACCCCCUGGCACGCCUAAGGUGAUUGUCUCCCAGGCCAAAGAGCAAUUUGAGGAAAAAGCGGUUGAUUUGGACGCCCUUUACCCCAUAUUCUGGAGUCUCCAAGCAUACUUCUCUGCUCCAACCAAGUCAUUCGACGCGCAGCAUUUCGCGGCCUUCAAAUCUGGGCUUGAAGCCACAAUCGCCACCUUCAGGAACGUGAAUACGGAUCUCGAGACGUCUAGCAGCAUCAAGUCUUCGGAAGAGCGGAAAUCCAACAAGCGCAAACGAACUGCGGAUGGACAAGAGAUUGCGAGCAGCUUCAACCCCAAAUACCUGACAAGUAGGGACUUGUUCGAUCUCGAGGUGAAUGACACCGCUUUCAGAAGACACGUGCUUGUCCAGGCUCUCAUCCUUCUGGAUUUCAUGCUCUCACUUACCGCGAAAUCCAAAGCCAAGCUUGCCGACUUGACUAACAAAUCGGUGUUGUACGGAUUUUUGCUAAGCGAAGAAGAUGCUAAAUGGGCGGUCAAAAUGCGAAAGUCCAUCGAGGAAUAUUUGCAAGAAGGUGCCGGCGGCAAAUUCUACUAUCGGAUGGUGGACACCGUUCUCUCAAGAGAUAAGAACUGGGUGCGAUGGAAAGCAGAAGGCUGCCCAUUGAUCGAAAGACCGGCUGUUUCGGUGACCGAAUACAUCGGCGCUCGUGAGCGUGCCACUAGGUCCUAUGCAAACAAACGCAUUCGCCCUUCGCCUAUGGGCUCGCUCAGUCUCCAAUUUCUCUCCGAGGGGGAAUCCUUAGCGGGUAUGGAAAGGCUAAAGGAUCCGGAAAGAUUUGCGGUCCCUGCUGCAGACUCUCUUAUGAUGAGCAUCAUGGACGACGAGUCAGAUUUCGACAAUCUCGAGUCGAAAGAGGAAAAAGAUUAUGCCUUGCGUUUGAAAGCGAGCAAGACCUGGCGCAUACUACGACUUUCCGCGAAAAGCAAACUUGCGGCAUUUGACAAGAUCGAGGACGGCAAAAACCUGAAAAUCCUCUUCGCCACGGCCCAGCCAUCUGAUGGAACACCCCAGGCCCUGGAAGGUACCCUUCAGGCCUCAGAAGCCACAGCAUCGGGGAAGCCGUCGGCGGAGGGCGAAUCCGCUGCACCAGCGCAAGAGCUUGGGGCCACGAACGCUGAUGGCGGGAACACAACCGUUGCCACCGAACAGACUCUGGCCGAUCCCAAGGAUGCAAUCGCG